AGUCGUUAAGAUCUAUAUAAAGACGGACAACUUUUUCUCUGCUUUUGUCCGGUGAAACUAAACAGAACAACAAGGUUUUGUCUCGAAACACCAGCUCCGAGUUUUACUUAGAUCUUGUUUCUCUCUCUCUACUGAUUUUGAAAAAAAAAGGUGAAAGAAACUUUUAAGGGAAUGCAGAGAGAUGGUCGGAGUAUCGCCGGUGAAGACUAAGCUGUGUGAUCGUUUUAACCGAUCUGUCACCGGCAGAAACAGCCACCGGAAACACGUUGAGGACGGGUGAUUAGUUCAAAAACCACCAGAUAUCGAAAUCCUAAAUCUUCUUUUUUUUCUUUUUUAAUAUUUGUAAGAAAAAAACUAUGGACGGAUCUAAACCGGUGAAAGCGAUGGAGAAAGGAUCUGACGCUAAGGCAAGUACUACAGGGCUUCUCCACGGGCGUUACGAGCUAGGUCGUCUCCUAGGACACGGUACAUUCGCGAAAGUGUACCACGCACGUAACGUAACAACCGGAAAAAGCAUGGCGAUGAAAGUCGUGGCCAAAGAGAAAGUCAUAAAGGUUGGCAUGGUGGAGCAGAUCAAGCGAGAGAUCUCGGUGAUGAGCAUGGUGAAGCAUCCCAACAUCGUCGAGCUCCACGAGGUCAUGGCAAGCAAAUCCAAGAUCUACUUCGCCAUGGAGCUGGUCCGAGGCGGCGAGCUGUUCGCCAAAAUCUCCAAAGGAAGACUACGCGAGGACGUGGCGCGCGUGUACUUCCAACAGCUGAUCUCCGCCGUCGAUUUCUGCCAUAGCCGGGGAGUUUACCACCGUGAUCUCAAACCGGAGAAUCUGUUGCUUGACGAAGAAGGUAACCUUAAGGUCACUGACUUUGGUCUCUCUGCUUUGACUGAGCAUUUGAAGCAAGACGGGCUUUUCCACACGACGUGUGGAACUCCGGCGUACGUUGCGCCGGAGGUUAUACUGAAGAAAGGGUACGACGGAGCUAAGGCGGAUCUGUGGUCCUGCGGUGUGAUCCUCUUUGUGCUUCUCGCUGGGUACUUACCGUUUCAAGAUGAUAACCUUGUGAACAUGUAUAGGAAGAUAUACAGAGGAGACUUCAAGUGUCCUGGUUGGCUUUCUUCUGAUGCAAGAAAGCUCGUGACGAAGCUUCUGGAUCCGAAUCCGAAUACCCGAAUCACCAUCGAUAAGGUUAUGGACUCCGCUUGGUUCAAGAAACACUCAGCUAGGUCCAAGAACGAGCCAGGCGUUGUAGGAGAGGCAAAGGAAGAGAUCUCGGAGACGUUAAACGCGUUUCACAUCAUCGCCUUGUCUGAAGGGUUUGAUCUCUCGCCGUUGUUCGAGGAGAAGAAGAAAGAGGAGAAGAGAGAGAUGAGAUUCGCGACUUCUCGUCCCGCGAGUAGUGUGAUCUCGAGCCUUGAGGAAGCUGCGAGAGUUGGGAAGUUCGAUGUGAGGAAGAGCGAGAGUAGAGUGAGGAUUGAAGGGAAGCAGAAUGGUCGGAAAGGGAAGUUGGCGGUGGAGGCGGAGAUAUUCGCGGUGGCUCCGUCGUUUGUUGUCGUGGAGGUGAAGAAAGAUCAUGGUGACACACUUGAGUACAAUAACUUUUGCAGUACGGCUCUUAGACCAGCUCUCAAAGACAUUUUCUGGACUUCGACACCUGUUUAAAUCUUUGCGUGUUUAUGUUCCUGUCUGAAAAAAAAAGUAUUGUUGGAUUCUAGAUUCGGUUCGUGAUUCUUGUUCUUGAUUCUUGAAUCGUUUGGAUCGUGUAAAAAGGUUUGAGUCUUUUCAUCAUUUGUGUGUUCUGUCUCCUUGUUGUCGAUAUGUUGCUUCACGAAGCAGAGAUUGUUGUGUGGUUCUGUUCCUGUGGUUCAGCAUGGUGUCUUAAAGAUUCCGUAUCAACAAAUGAUAUUUAUGAUUUUAACAA